CCCCAAAUAUAACAUGUAAGAUUGACUCUAUAUGAAACUCCUUGCGAGACAAAAACAUCAAUUUUGAGCGCAAAAGAGUUCGUGAAAAGAAAGGAAACCUCCCGGCCAUUCCCAUACAACUAUCAAGUAGCCAACUACUACGGGCGAGGGUUGAAUAUUCCUUCCUCCUUCCGCUUCCCAAUCGGCCCUUCACCGUCGAGUCUACCUGAUUCCAGAAACACUUUUAAUUAUUCUAAUUUACUCUUUCUGAAGUCAAUCGAUCAUAGGCAUGACUACCGCUGGAAACCAGAACUUGAACGCCAAGCUGGUGCUCCUUGGAGAUGUUGGAGCUGGAAAAUCUAGUUUGGUAUUGCGUUUUGUUAAAGGACAAUUUAUUGAAUUCCAGGAAUCCACAAUAGGUGCUGCUUUUUUCUCGCAAACAGUGGCAGUUGAUGAUGCUACUGUGAAAUUUGAAAUAUGGGACACUGCAGGUCAAGAGAGAUACCAUAGUUUAGCACCAAUGUACUAUAGAGGAGCUGCUGCAGCUGUAAUUGUGUAUGAUAUAACAAAUAAAGAUUCCUUUGAACGAGCUAAAAAAUGGGUCCAAGAACUUCAGGCACAAGCUAAUCAAAACAUGGUUAUGGCACUUGCUGGGAAUAAAGCUGACUUGGUAGAUGAAAGAAAAGUGACACCAGAGGACGCACAGAAGUAUGCGAAGGAAAAUGGCCUUUUCUUUGUCGAGACAUCUGCAAAAACUGCAACCAAUGUCAACGAGAUUUUCUAUGAAAUAGCCAAGAGACUGCCUAGACUACAGCCUGCAACAAAUCCAUCUGGAAUGGUUCUUAUGGAUAGAUCAGCCGCUGCUAGUCAAAGAGCCGCCACCUCCGCCGCCACCUCUUGUUGUGCUUAACUUCCAUCCUCAUCUGCUCCAUGGAGAGAAAGAAAUGCACACUGCUCUGUCUGUACCUUCAUCUGUCACAUUCAUACUCUCUCAUGUUUUAUUCAUGUAUACUCCGUAUAAUUUAUUCAAAAGGAUCUUGUAUCAGAGGCCUUCGGGAAUGGGCCUCUAUAACAUAUUACCUUUGUCACUUUGUGUUGAGUUGUUUAUAUUUUAUUUAGGAACAUUAACACUUAAUGAUUAUUUUGUUAUUGUUUUUUAAUAAGAACAUGUUCUUAUAUAAGAACAAUGAGAAUUUUAUACCGCAAAGGGAACUCCAUAUUAAGCCUUUUUUGCAAAGUGUU